AUGACAACUGAAGUUGGCUCAGAGACUGAAGUAAAGAAAGAUUCUGAGCAGCUGGGACCAGACAAAGCCAAGGACAACCCUGAAGAAGCAUCAGAGACUCCAGAAAAUCAAAAGUCUAGGGAAACACCCUCUGAAGAAGCUCAAGAUUCUUCCUCUGUCCCAGCACCCACUAGCCAAAGUAGUCCAAGUAGCCAGAAGAAGGAGAAAGCUUCACCUGAAAGCAAGGGUAUUUCUCGUUUCCUCCCACCCUGGCUUAAAAAACAAAAAUCAUACACCUUGGCAGAGCCCAAAGAUGAGACCAAGAAAAGGACCACAGGGGAACAACAAGUAGUUGAAGAAAGUGAAUGCCAGGCACCAGACCGCAUAGCUCAGCCACAAAAGAGCUUAGAAGAAGCAGCGGCUGAAAAUCAGCAUAAUGCUAAAGCAGACGACAAAGAAGAAAAACACUCUGUUAGUAGUGCUGAAACACAGCCUGCCAAAGAAGAUGGUAAAGAAAGAGAAGUAGAGAAAGUUGCAAAGGAAAAGGAAGAAAAACAAGCAGAAAAAGAAAAAAGGGAGACGAAAGAAGUGCAGACAGCUGAAAUUAAAACAGAAAGCAUUCCUCAGAAGUCUCCCAAGAAAAUUAAAACUGUGCAGUGUAAAGUGAUGCUUCUGGAUGGCACGGAAUACAGCUGUGACCUAGAGAAAAGAGCAAAAGGCCAAGUGCUGUUUGACAAAGUGUGUGAACAUCUCAAUUUACUGGAAAAGGACUAUUUUGGGCUGUUGUUUUAUGAGAAUUCAGAUCAGAAGAACUGGCUAGAUUCUUCAAAGGAAAUUAAGAGACAAAUUCGAAGUUUACCUUGGAUAUUCGCCUUUAAUGUGAAGUUUUAUCCCCCUGAUCCUUCACAGUUGACUGAAGACAUCACUAGAUAUUUCUUGUGCCUACAGCUUCGUCAGGAUAUUGCUUCUGGUCGACUGCCAUGUUCUUUUGUGACUCACGCCCUCCUUGGUUCAUAUACCCUGCAGGCUGAGCUGGGUGAUCAUGACCCAGAGGAGCACCGCAGCGACUAUAUCAGUGAAUUCCAGUUUGCACCCAAUCAAACUCAAGAAAUGGAAGAGAAAGUAGCUGAGCUACACAAAACACACAGGGGCUUGACUCCAGCACAGGCGGAUUCCCAGUUCCUAGAAAAUGCGAAGAGACUCUCCAUGUAUGGAGUGGAUUUACAUCAUGCUAAGGAUUCUGAAGGUGUGGAUAUCAUGCUGGGUGUAUGUGCUAAUGGACUGCUCAUUUACAAAGAUAGACUCCGGAUCAACCGUUUUGCUUGGCCAAAAAUUCUAAAGAUUUCCUAUAAGCGAAGUAAUUUCUACAUCAAAGUCAGGCCAGCAGAACUGGAACAGUUUGAGAGUACUAUUGGGUUCAAACUGCCAAACCAUCGGGCUGCUAAAAGGUUAUGGAAGGUUUGUGUGGAGCAUCAUACUUUCUUCAGACUUGUAUCACCAGAACAGCCUCCAAAAGCAAAGUUUCUAACCUUGGGUUCCAAGUUCCGCUACAGUGGACGUACGCAAGCACAGACACGACAGGCUAGCAACCUCAUAGACAGACCAGCUCCAUACUUUGAACGCACUUCAAGCAAACGUGUUUCCAGAAGCCUUGAUGGAGCUCCCAUGGGUAUCUCAGACCAAGGUCUGCUAAGAGACUUCCCUGCUACUGGAGGGCAGGCUGCUGGAGAUAAAAUCAUUGACAUUGAAGCUGCUGGUCAGGCCAAGUUGAAAGAAGGUGGCAGAGAAGAAGAUGGAAGCCCAGUCAAAACUCCACAAUUAGAAUUGACUCAGGAUGGAAAGAGCAAUUCCUUGAGAGUAGACGGGGAAAAUAUUUAUGUCAGACAUAGCAAUUUAAUGUUGGAGGACCUGGAUAAGACCCAGGACGACUUACUGAAACACCAGGCUAGCAUUAGUGAGCUCAAGCGCAAUUUCAUGGAAUCCACACCUGAACCACGCCCAAAUGAGUGGGAAAAGCGGCGUAUCACACCUCUGUCCCUACAGACACAAGGGAGUUCACAUGAGACUCUGGACAUAGUGGAGGAGAAGAAGCAGGCAGAGGUUGGGAUAGAAGAAACACUAGUCGUAGAUGAAACCAACAAAGGGAAAAUGCAAGUUGCCACUGAUGCUGGGGAAACAUGUAAGGUGGAACAUCUGUCAAAAAAGGACUCUUCAUCAUUGCCAUCAGAUAGUAGCAGCAGCAGCAGUAGUAGUGAGAGUGAGGAUGAAGAGGUGGGAGAAUACCAGCCACAUCAUAGGGCAAUUGAGGAAGUCAUCAGGGAAGAACAGGAAGAAGAGGAAGACAUGAAAAAGAAAGAACAUGAAGAAAAAAUACAGCAUGUGGAAGCCACACCAGAAGGCAGUAAACUAAAUGUACCAGUUGAGCACACACAAGUUACAGCUGAAGAUUUGGUCCAGGAAAAUGCAGUUACCAUAGCUACAGAAGAGAAGAAUUUGUCAGAGGAAAUUAAGCAAGAUUUAGGUGAAGAAAAAGAGGAAGAACAGCUCAAACUCAAUGGAGAUGUGUCUCAUGUUGACAUUGAUGUUGCACCACAAAUAAUUUGUUGUUCUGAGCCUCCAGUAGUGAAAACAGAGAUGGUAACCAUUUCAGAUGCCACACAGAGAACUGAAAUCUCCACUAAAGAAGUUCCAAUUGUUCAAACAGAAACUAAAACUAUCACAUAUGAAUCUCCACAGUUUGAUGGCAGUGCUGGCGGCAAUGCUGGUGUGCUGCUGAGUGCACAGACAAUUACAUCAGAGUCAAUUUCUACUACCACAACUACACACAUCACAAAGAUGGUAAAAGGUGGGGUAUCAGAAACAAGAAUUGAGAAGCGCAUUGUCAUUACUGGAGAUGCAGAUAUUGACCAUGAUGAGGCCCUGGCACAGGCAAUCAAAGAAGCCAAAGAACAGCACCCUGAUAUGUCUGUCACAAGAGUGGUGGUGCACAAAGAAACUGAACUUGCUGAGGAAGAUGAAGAGUAAGAUCAAAAAUGCCCUCAAGCAAAUACUUCAGAAGUAAAAAUGAUACUGACGGUGAUCGUGAUCGUGAAGAACUGUAAUCAUUCCAAGUCAUCACUACUCUACCGAAUUCACCAAGCCUAGCAAUGAUGACCAGAUGUUCAAGACUUAAAUGCCAAUACCAAACUCCAUUUUAACAUCUUUGGUCUAUAUUCCCUUACAAUCUUUCUUGUUUAUUUUUUAUAACCACUUCUUAACACUCUUAGAUUUUUUUUUUAAAUGAAGUUUUAGAGGAUAUGAUCUUCUUUUGCACAAAUACUUGUAUUUUUGAAGCUGAUUCUUAAUCAUAUGAAAGUGAACAAAAAAGAAGUCUGGAAAGCAUUGUUCACUGGAGCAGGUAGUAAUUGUGCAGGAAGGGGGAUCUUUACUAAUUUAGAUAUAGUUUUUUCCAAAUAUUUCAAGUGAAAUCUCUUACUGGAGUAAUUUACAGAUAUUUUUUUUUUCAGAUUAUUCAGGUAAAUAUAUGGUAUCACAUAACAAAGAUUUUUAUAAAAAUACAACAUUUCCUAAAAUUUGAAAAAAUAUAUUUCUUUGCAUAAAUUUUAUACUGAUAUCUCUGUAACUCUUUCUGUUCUAAGGUUCUCCUCUCUGUGGAGCAGAGAUGGUGUGGCAGUCUAUAGAGGAGAAAGAGUUGCAGACACAUUUCUUCUGACUGAGCACUGUGUCGUUUUUGCACUUUGGUGCCAAUGCUCAACUUUUUGCAGAUGUUUUGCUGUCUGCAGCAUUCCAGAUAAGGAAAGAAGGAAGAACAAAAUAGCUUUCUCUUCUUCCAACAAAAGAUGAUCUAGGCAGCUUAAAACCUUAGUGCUUUUUUUCUUACUGUGUCCAAAUUUCAACACUUCCAUUAUUUGAAUACAUGUGUAGAAUGCUCGCUUUCUAUUAAACCUCACUGUCUUCAUGUUAGAACUGACAUUUCUGUUAUUGAGAAGGUAUACGUUUCACAUGCUUCAUCUAAUGGUUGAUGCAGGUUUUGGGGAUACUGAGUAAAAGUGUAAGAUGGGCUCCAUUCAUAAAGUAGUAAGACAGUACCAUCAUUUGAGACUGCCAUUGAGAAAACCUGUUAAUUAUUUUGGAUUUUAUUUUUAUUUUGUUCUUGGAGGGGGGUUUUUUGUUUGGGGGGGGGGGGGGGGUUGCUGUUGACUCUGUGUAUAGUUAAAAUGCCAAAUUAGAUUUAUAGCAGCUUGAAGUUGUAUUAAGUGAUAUUUUGCUUUCUGUAAUUCUGUUAUAAAAUAAAGUUGUUUAUU